AUGGCAGCUCAACUGACACCAAUGGGAGCAAUAAUAGGAACUGGUUUGGAUGAAGACCCACAACUAAAUGCAUCUACACCAUUCACGCCACCCAAGAAUGAAACCCAUGAGAAAGACAAAAUAACUGACAAAAAUGAAGAUUUAAAAUCAACCCCACUCAGAAUCAUCGAAAUAUCAAUAAGCAGCAAAGACCCGAUCGCAGAAUUAAGAGCACUCUUUCAAAAUACAGACAAACCUCGAACUGAAGAAAGGCGGGAAAAAAGGAAAAAAGAUAAGCCUGAAAAGAACGACAAAGGGAGAAACAGGCAGAUUGAUCGCGAGUCUAACAAAGUAAUUUGUGAAGAUGGUUGGUCAGUUCUUCACUUGACAAGACCAACAACACCAGAGCCCACAGCAAUAGAAAUACAAAGAACACCAGAUAAUAGAGAACCCAAGACUAACACUCAAAAUAAAAGUGUCAACAAGAACUCUCCCUCAGAACAGGAAAUCUCAAGAGCGAUUGAAACACUCACAGCAGCAUUCAGGGCUGCAUUCACACCCCCAACUCCAAGACAAUCACAGACAACGAGCACCAAACUCCCGGCAGCCACGUCAUCUCCACAUGACCCAACAACCACAGGCAGUCUCCCAGCACCUUCAAUCAACAUUCCAAAAGCUCCAGAAGCAGCUGCAGCAAUCACAGAAGUCACAUUCCCCCUCAAUGUAUCUCCAGCAAUUAUCUCCGAUCUCCAAGCAACCCAGAAAGAUUUCACAGCUCCAUCUUCACUCCCGAAGGCCUCACUGGCUUUCACAGUGGUCCUAGUGUCUCCAGGGUACUUACUAGCACCACCAAUAGCACAGCUUCAGGAUGCUACAGUUCCCCAGUCAGGAAUUAAGAACGAAACCACAGCUCCAAUGCAAUUUUUUAACCCUUCACUUUCUGCAACAGCUCUUCAGGGAACAUCCUCCACAGGAAACCAACAUAAAAUGAACAUGGCGCAAAAUCAGAACAUCAUGCAUGUACAGUCAGCUCCAGUCACCUUGCAAAAAAAAAGGGACAGUAAGUUUUUCGAACUUAACAGCAUGCAUACCAAUGUCCUUCUGUCAAUAUGCACACAUUCCAGAACAUCAACAACAACAAUUUUUGAACACCAAUCUAGUCCAACACAACAUCUUACCUAAUGGUUUCCCCAAGCUAUGUGAAACAGGUAAUAAUCUAAUGGACUGAGCACAACAAUUUCAGAUUGCAUUAAUGAAGGAGAAUGCCCUUUUUCUCAUACUGAA